UUCAAGUGCUCAUUCUCUCUCCUAGGGUUGCAUUAACCAAAAUGGUGUCUCCAAAACAACUUCUCUCCACCAUCGAAUCCUCGCUUCUUGGCCCCUCUCCUCCUACGCCGGCGCAGCGAAUCGAGCUCCUUCAUGCCAUUCGCAGCUCCAUCUCUUCCCUCAAAUCCCUCCUGUCCUUUCCGCCCCCGAAACCCUCAGACCGGGCGCAGGUCCAGUCCAGAGAAGUUAGGCUUCCGGAUUCUCCACCAAUUUCACUUGAUGAUCAGGAUGUGGAGACUGCCUUGAAAUUGAGUGACGACUUGUAUCUAAAUGAAAUAGAUUGUGUUCGUCUUCUUGUUUAUGCUAAUCAAGAGUGGGGCUUAAUGGGACGAGAGCCAUUAGAGAUUUUGCGUCUUGCAGCUGGACUGUGGUAUACUGAGAGACGAGAUUUAAUAACAGCUUUAUAUACACUUCUAAGGGCUGUUGUGCUCGACCAAGGACUUGAAGCUGAUCUUGUCUAUGACAUCCAGAAGAUUCUCGAAGAUCUUGUCAAUGCUGGACUCAGACAGCAGUUGAUUUCUUUAAUUAAGGAACUCAAUCAUGAAGAGCCAGCUGCUUUGGGUGGGCCACUUGCUGAGCACUAUCUUCUUGAUUCUAGAGGUGCUCUCGUUGAGCGGCGAGCUGUGGUUUGUAGAGAAAGACUCAUACUUGGACAUUGCCUUGUCCUUUCUGUUUUAGUUGUUCGGACUAGUCCAAAAGAUGUUAAUGAUGUUUUUUCUACUUUAAAAGAUAGUGCUGCUGAGCUUAAGGAUAGCAACAGCACUUUAAAACACCAGAUUACCUAUAGUCUUCUUUUUUCACUUAUCAUCGCCUUCAUAUCAGAUGCUCUUAGUGCUGUACCUGAAAAAUCCUCUGUCCUCUCCUUAGAUGCAUCCUUUAGGAAGGAGUUCCAUGAAAUGGUGAUGGCUGCAGGAAAUGAGCCAAAUGUUGAGGGCUUUGUUGGUGGCAUAAGGCUUGCAUGGGUUGUGCAUUUAAUUUUAAUACAAGAUGAAAUUGGUUUAAGGGAGUCAGUCUCCAGUGCUUCAUCAAAUGAUCUGGGCCAUAUAAAUAUGUGCUUAGAAUCAAUUUUCUUGAACAAUAUUUUCCAUUUUUUACUGGAGAAAGUUCUUAGAACUGCUGCUUUCCAGAAUGAGGAUGAGGAUAUGAUAUAUAUGUAUAACGCUUACUUACAUAAGCUGAUUACUUGCUUCCUUUCCCACCCACUUGCCAGGGACAAGGUGAAAGAGUCAAAGGAUAAGGCUAUGACCAUGCUUAAUUCAUAUCGCACAGCACCAGAUUUUGUACACGAAAGCACCUUGCAUGGUCAACAGGCCACUGAGAGUGGUCCUUUACCUUUUGUUUCUCUCUUGGAGUUCGUGAGUGAAAUUUAUCAGAGGGAACUAGAGCUUUUGUCUGGCAAUGACGUCUUGUGGACAUUUGUGAACUUUGCUGGAGAAGAUCACACAAAUUUUCAAACUCUUGUGGCUUUCUUGAAUAUGCUGAGUACCUUGGCUUGUAGUCAAGAAGGUGCUUCAAAGGUUUAUGAGUUAUUACAGGGCAAAGCAUUUCGUUCUGUUGGAUGGAGCACACUGUUUGAUUGCUUAACAAUUUAUGAUGAAAAGUUCAAACAGUCCCUCCAGACUGCUGGGGCCAUGCUACCGGAGUUCCCCGAGGGGGAUGCAAAGGCCUUGGUUGCAUAUUUAAAUGUUCUUCAAAAGGUUAUGGAAAAUGGUAAUCCUAUUGAAAGAAAGAACUGGUUUCCUGAUAUUGAACCAUUAUUUAAGCUCCUAAGCUACGAAAAUGUUCCACCCUACCUGAAGGGUGCUUUACGGAAUGCAAUAGCUACUUUUGUCCAGGUUUCUCCUGUACUAAAAGACACUAUUUGGAGUUUGCUUGAGCGGUUUGAUCUACCAGUUGUUGUUGGGUUACAUGGUGCCCAACGAAUGACGGCACAGGUUUAUGACAUGCAAUUUGAGUUGAAUGAGAUAGAAGCAAGAAGAGAGCAAUACCCUUCAACAAUAUCUUUCCUUAACCUGUUAAAUGCUCUUAUUGCUGAGGAAAAAGAUGUCAGCGACAGAGGGCGGAGAUUCUUUGGCAUCUUCAGGUUCAUUUAUGAUCAUGUGUUUGGGCCAUUCCCCCAAAGAGCCUAUGCCAAUCCUUCUGAGAAAUGGCAAUUGGUUGUUGCUUGUCUUAAGUAUUUUCAUAUCACUGCUGGUGCUCUUGUGCCAGGUCAAUGCUUAUGUAUGGAAGCAUCAGAUUGUUGCUUUGGUGUUCUGGUGGAGGAGCACCUCUGGAUGCUUACAAUGUAUGACAUUCAAGAUGAGGAUAUUGAAAGUGUUGUUGAUCGAUCACAAGUUUCAAUUGCAACACAACAAACUGUGCCUCAGAUGCAGGUUCCAGUCAUAGAGCUGCUAAAAGAUUUCAUGAGUGGUAAAACUGUUUUUCGAAAUAUUAUGGGUAUCCUUCAGCUGGGAGUAAAUUCAGUAAUUACAGAAAGGACUAAUGAAGUCUAUGGGCAACUUCUAGAAAAAGCUGUGCACUUAUCACUGGAAAUUAUGAUUCUUGUCUUGGAGAAGGAUUUGCUUCUUUCUGAUUUCUGGCGUCCUCUAUACCAGCCCGUGGACAUUAUACUGUCUCAAGAUCAUAAUCAAAUUGUAGCUUUGUUGGAGUAUGUUAGAUAUGAUUUUCUACCUCAAAUUCAGCAGUGCUCUAUCAAAAUCAUGAGUAUUCUAAGUUCUCGCACGGUUGGGCUGGUUCAGCUGCUGCUAAAAUCCAAUGCUGCCAGUAGCUUGAUUGAGGAUUAUGCUGCCUGCCUUGAGUUACGGGCAGAAGAAUGUCAGGUUAUAGAGAACAGUGCUGAUGAUCCAGGGGUUCUAAUAUUGCAGCUGCUGAUUGAUAAUAUUAGUCGGCCUGCUCCAAAUAUUACUCAUUUACUGCUAAAGUUUGAUCUUGACACUGCAGUUGAACAGACAGUUCUGCAGCCGAAAUUUCACUACAGUUGUUUGAAGGUCAUUCUUGAAAUGUUGGAGAAUCUUUCUAAGCCAGAUGUAAAUGCAUUACUUCAUGAAUUCAGUUUUCAGCUUCUUUAUGAGUUGUGUUUGGAUCCAUUGACUUGUGGUCCUACAUUGGAUCUGUUGAGUAACAGAAAGUAUCAUUUCUUUGUAAAGCACCUUGAUACAAUUGGUAUUGCUCCACUUCCUAAGCGAAAUAGCAACCAGGCACUUCGUAUCAGUUCACUGCAUCAGAGAGCAUGGCUAUUGAAGCUUUUAGCUAUUGAGUUGCAUGCUGCCUAUAUGAGUAGCUUCAGCCAUAGAGAGGCGUGUCAGAAUAUCCUUGCUCAUCUUUUUGGGCAGGAUAUUGUUGAAGUUGGGGCCAACAUGAUUUCUCAUUCAUUUACUCUUCAAAGCAGCAAGGAACAUGCUGGAACCAAAACUAUCAGUAAGAAUAAGGCUUUAGAGUUGCUUGAAGUUGUGCAAUUCAGAUCACCAGAUACCAAUAUCAAGCUUUCUCAAAUUGUCUCCAAUAUCAAAUAUGAUUUGCUGGCAGAGGACAUACUCAGCAAUCCAGCAACUUCAGGGAAGGGUGGAAUAUAUUACUACUCUGAGCGGGGUGAUCGCCUAAUUGAUCUUGCUUCACUGCGUGACAAACUUUGGCAGAAAUUCAAUUCUGUCUAUCCUCAGUUGAGUAACUUUGGCAGUGAAGCUGAGCUGAAUGAGGUAAGAGAGGCAAUUCAGCAGUUGUUGAGAUGGGCAUGGAGGUACAACAGAAACCUUGAGGAACAGGCUGCCCAGCUCCAUAUGUUAACUGGUUGGUCACAGAUUGUUGAGGUGUCUGCAUCAAGACGAAUUUCAUCACUUGAAAAUCAAUCUGAAAUUUUAUAUCAAAUUCUUGAUGCAUCUCUUGGUGCUUCUGCCUCUCCUGACUGCUCCUUGAAAAUGGCUUUUAUAUUGAGCCAGGUUGGACUAACAUGCAUGGCCAAGCUACGUGAUGAUAGGUUUUUAUGUCCCAGUGGUUUAAAUUCUGAUAGCAUUACAUCUCUUGAUAUUAUCACGGUGAAACAAUUAUCAAAUGGUGCUUGUUAUUCUAUAUUGUUCAAGCUUAUCAUGGCCAUUCUAAGACAUGAAUCGUCGGAAGCCUUGAGGAGACGCCAAUAUGCCUUGCUUCUUAGCUAUUUCCAGUAUUGCCAGCAUAUUCUUUCUCCUAAUAUACCAAUAACAAUUCUGCAAUUCUUGUUACUUGAUGAGCAAGAUGGUGAAGAUUCAGAUCUCCAAAAGGUUGACAAAGAACAAGCAGAACUAGCUCAUGCCAACUUUUCUAUAUUGAGAAAAGAGGCCCAAGCUAUCCUGGAUUUGGUGACAAAAGAUGCAAGUCAAGGCAGUGAACCUGGGAAAACAAUAGCACUUUAUGUCCUGGAUGCAUUAAUUUGUGUCGAUCACGAGAGAUAUUUCUUAAGUCAACUUCAAAGUAGAGGCUUUUUGAGGACUUGCUUUAUGAGCAUCAGUAAUUUUUCAUAUCAGGAGGGUGGACAUUCACUAGACUCAUUGCAGCGGGCUUAUACUCUUGAAGCUGAACUUGCGUUUCUUCUGAGGAUCAGCCACAAGUAUGGAAAAUCUGGAGCCCAGGUUUUAUUUUCCAUGGGUGCUUUGGAGAAUCUUUCUUCAUGCAGGGCAACACAUUUGCAGGGAGGUUUGAGGAGGGUUGACACAAAGCUUAGAAGAGAUGUGGCAGUGGACAUUGACAAACAGCGAAUGAUUGUAGCUCCUAUGCUGAGAUUAGUGUUCUCUCUUACUUCAUUGGUUGAGACGUCUGAAUUUUUUGAGAUGAAGAAUAAAAUUGUUCGUGAAGUCAUUGAUUUUAUUAAAGGACACCAACUUCUCUUUGAUCAAGUCCUUUGGCAAGAUAUUUCUGAAGCGGAUGAACUGAUGAUGGAGCACAUCAAUCUUAUCGUUGGUGUACUUAGCAAGGUUUGGCCUUACGAAGAAAGUGAUGAGUAUGGCUUUGUUCAAGGGCUUUUUGGCAUGAUGCAUGUUCUUUUCUCAAAUGAUUUGGAGACACCUGGUUUUUCACGUUCAGCACAAUCUCUUGAGAAUCGGCAGCAGUCAGAACUGAGCUCUUUUCGGUUAUGCUUUAGCCUAAGCUCGUAUCUAUAUUUUUUGGUUACAAAGAAAUCCCUUAAGCUGCAGGUUUCGGAUGACCAUCCAGAUUCCCCUGCUCCUGCCCGGCAGCAACCAACACUAAUGUUACUUUGUUCUCUUCUUAAUUCUGUGACAAAUUCUCUCGAAAAAGCAGCUGAGGAAAAAACCAUACUAGUUAAUAAGAUACGAGAUAUAAAUGAACUUUCAAGACAGGAGGUGGACAAAGUCAUCAAUUUGUAUGUUCAGAAAGAUUUUGUUUCAUCUUCUGAUGACUUGCAGAAAAGGAGAUAUAUUGCAAUGGUGGAAAUGUGCCAGGUUGCUGGUAAUAGAGAUCAGCUAGUUACCCUACUACUUCUUCUUGCAGAGCAAGUGUUGAAUGUCAUUGUCAUCCAUUUUCAGGAUAGCUCCAUCAUCUCUGAUACCAGCGGAACAGUAAAAACCAUCACAUAUGGUGCCAAAUCUGACUCUGGACAGGAUAUCUCUUUGUUGUGUGGAAAGUUAAUUCCAAUCUUAGAACGACUUGAGUUACUGAAUGAGGAUAAAUUAGGGCACAGUCUUAAGGUAUUCCACAGAUUAGUGACCUCACUCAAGGAGAUGGCAAUUCAAAAAUUGGCAUCAUAGUUGAGUCCUAAAAUUUUGCAGGUUUACUCUUCCUUAAUUUUGUAACAGCACUGCUGUCUGUAAACGUAGAGAAUUUAUGUGUGUAAUUUGUAAACGUAGAGAAUCUGUGUAAUUUAUUCCCCACUGGCUCAAUCUGUAUAAAUCAUUUCAAACAAAAUCUCUAUCCUCGCUUGAUUGAUAUAAGUCUGUAACCUGUGCUGUUGCCCAAGUUCGCCUAUACCAUAUCCUACACUCGACAGAGCUGCCUUUUUAAUGGGAGAGGUAGAUGGUAAUUUAGUGGAUCAUGCAGAUCUCAUCUCUUCAUUUUUAAGCUAAUGCAAGUUUGUAUUCUUCUGAAUGAAAUCUGCAUGUAUAU